AUGAUUAUGUACGGCUUCUCCUCUAUCUCGAUCUUGUCCCCUGAAGCCCGUUUUGGGGCGCAAUACUUCACCACGCUCCGCAAGGCGAUGAUGAUUUCGGGACCGCAUAUCCUGACACUUUAUGGUGGCACGGACAACGCAGUUGAAGCCCCGCUGCCGUCGCCGCAGUUGGCCCACGUCCUGGCGAGCGAUGCGGCCGGCAGCGACAGCCACGGGCUCGGCCCUAACCCGUGGCGGAGGCUCCUCGAACCGUCUAAGCAGGGGGGCCGCGACGGCAGCCCGGUUACAAGGACAAUGGCAGUGGAAUCGAGAAGGCUACCUGAGAAAUGGGGAAGCUUCCAGGACAGCUGUCCAAACGAGGACCGCCUUGAUCUCAGCCGCGACGAGCCGACCAUACAUGGCAUCAUGUAUACCGUGCGGUACAUGAACCUGGCAUGGAAGAAAAAGCGCCAGAGCCACAUUAUAGCUCGAACGCUCCAACCCUUCCGCAGGUUCUGUGACACCCUCGACACCCAUAACAAUCUUAUCAAAAUCCUACCCGAAGGUAGUGAAUACUCAUGGAUCUUCAUGGGUUCGCUCAACGCAAUCAUCCGCCUUCAUGGAUCGGAUGAUGGAGGCUCGCGCCAAUCCCGGCCUGACUCCUUCAAUCAAGAUCUCGGCCAGAAAUCCCAGGUGGAUGCCAAGCGGAUCGGGAGCGUGGCGCAGCGAAUCCAUCUGCGUGCGGGAGGGUGCCUCCGGGCCGAGAUCCGUGCCAUGCGCGAAGAUAUUAAGCGGGACCACCAGCGGCUGGGGCUUCAAGGCGAGGCAAGGAGGCGAGAGGAAGAAGCAGACCGCGAGGAACGACGAGCGCAGGAGCUGCGGCGCAAAUCCACACAGACCUCAGCGCCAAUCGGAAGCAGCUAA